AUGCCUCACAAAGAAACCGCCUCGGAGUUCACACCCAAUGUCUACCCUCCUUUCCCAGUGAAUGACGAAUUUCCAACCAUUUCCCUCGAGACAAUUUCUCUCCAAAAGAUUCAAGACGGCGAUGUGACCGAGCAAGACCGUAUGUUCGAAGCAUGCAAAGACUGGGGCUUCUUUUAUUUGGACCUCCAAGAUGAACCACGUGGCGAUGUGAUAUCCCGCAAAGCCGAUGAUGUUGCGAGAGUCGCAGAGCAGAUCUUUGAUCUGCCCGUGGAGGAGAAGUUGAAAUACUCAUUGACAGGCAAGGACCUCUUUGGGUACAAAAAGGUCGGCCUUACACAGGUGGAUAGCAAGUCCACUCCCGACACGGCAGAGUUCUUCAACAUAUCAAAGAACGAAAUGAUAGUCCCAAACGACAAUAUGACCCGCAGCUGGCCAUCGCCCGUCCUGGAGAACAAAGAGCUCUUCGCAGACUACUCGAAAGCAGCCCACUCAAUCGGCCUUCAAAUCCUCCUCAUUCUCGCCCAAAAACUUGGAGUAGACCCGGAAGAGAUCUCGAGUCGCCACAAGCUCGAGGAGUGGGCAGGCGACCACAUUCGCAUGACUCGAGGUCCUCCCAGGAAAGAUGCAGCAAUGCCAGAGAUCCAGACUCCUUCACACACGGAUUUCGGAUCGAUUACUGUGUUAAUGAAUUGGUUGGGAGGUCUGCAAGUCUGGUCUUCCCCAAACCGGCAGGUUGGAAAUCUGUCUUUUGAUGAUUCGAAUACCGCCGACUCGGCAGGCAAUUGGCUGUGGGUGAAGCCUAAGCCAGGUUGUGCAAUCAUCAAUCUUGGAGAUGCGGCCGUCAAGUUCACCAAUGGCGUGCUAUGCUCUGGUCGUCAUCGAGUAUCCCCUGCUCCGGGUGAGCAAGGAAAGUGGCCGAGAUACAGCAUCGUGUACUUUGUUCGUCCUAAUGAUGACUGUCGCUUGAAGACGUUGAAAGGGAAUGGAAUCCCAACGGCUGGCGAUGAGGAUGAGGAGGGGAUAAACGCCAAGGAGUGGAUCUCGCAGCAGAGCAUCAAGCUGAAUCGCAAGAAGUGA